CCUUGCCGGUGAAACGGUAGAACUUUAAAUCAACCGGUUCGUCUGGUCACCCUGCCGAAGGCACCAGCUCGAUUGUUUUUGUUUCUGGCCUACUGCAACCAUUUUACUUGCAACUGUCGGUGACGCCGGUUCGAAGCGGGAACUAGUUCUUUUUGUGCAACGUCUGUGCCUGUGUGUGUGUGUGUGAGCGUUUCUAUUGUAUUCUGAGCAAUUUAGCCCGCGUGUUAACAUCGUAUAGGGGUUUCGCUACAAGCUCACGUAAACAAAAAUACAACAAUCUGCAAAAUGUCCGGCAUUGCUUCGUCCCGCCUGUCUGAGGAACGCAAAGCCUGGCGCAAAGAUCAUCCCUACGGAUUCGUUGCUAAACCGGCGAAGAAUUUGGAUGGCACAGCAAAUAUCAUGAACUGGGAGUGUGCCAUUCCUGGAAAAAAGGGUACGAUUUGGGAGGGCGGAUUGUACAAGAUUCGCAUGCUGUUCAAGGACGAUUACCCGACCACCCCGCCAAAGUGCAAGUUCGAGCCGCCAUUGUUCCACCCGAACGUGUACCCGUCCGGCACGGUCUGUCUGUCGCUGCUGGACGAGCAGAAGGACUGGCGUCCGGCAAUAACGAUCAAGCAGUUACUGCUCGGCAUUCAGGAUCUGCUGAACGAGCCGAACAUUAAGGAUCCGGCACAGGCGGAGGCGUACACAAUUUACUGCCAAAAUCUGGCGGAAUAUGAAAAGCGUGUACGUGCGCAGGCCAAAGCAAUGUCGAAUAGUUAAAUGAUUUAUUGUUCAUCGUAAUGUAGAGGCGAUUGAAUUAAUGUACGGAUAGAGUUAAGCGAAUUUACAGACCCAGGAUAGCUGGCAGAUCCGUGUGUGUGUCUCUCUGACCAUUGAGUGCCUUGCGUAGCUUAAGGACAUUAAUCUUUUCUUUGUUAUCUCUUGACUAAAACCAACGUAAAUAAUUAGGGAAGUGAGAAGUAGUAGUUAGCAUGGAUUGUUGCCCUAGCAAAUUCUGACCAUAGCGACGAUGCGUUGCUUGCUUUGCGAAAAUAAGGAUAGUUUCGGUGAAAUAGCAGAGCGCGAUACCGAGUGAAUUAGAAACAGUAAGAAGGGCAGACAGCAGAAUGGAACUCGGAGGAAACUCAAGUGAAGAAAUGUAUCAGAUACGAACUACUUUUCGAGCGAUUUUGUGGACAGGGAGUGAGCUCUUUGGUUCAUCAGUAAGUGGACUGGACAUAAUAUAACAUAAUAAACACUGAAAUAUAAUCAGUCACUAUAGCUGGCUACAUACUCGUUUAA